ACACAUACCAUUCUACAUUUGAAAAUAAUUUUACACCACACUUGGUUUUCGUUUUGGCACAGGAUCUUCCCGGUAGGCUGUAAGAAAUACGGAGAGCUAAUUGCAUACUUAGAUUAACUAGGAAUUAUGAUGCACUAAUAAAAAAAAUAUGAAUAAAAAAACGUGUACAAAAUGGACUACUUAUAAUACUUUGGGCUUAAGUGUUGACGUUCAAUGUGUAAAGUGUUUGAUAUUAACACCUCAAAUUAUCUUAAGUUUUUAUGUGGCAGCAUAUUUAAAAGAAACUUUUUAUAAUUACUGACCACAGAGAGGGAAAUGUAUAAACAAAAGUAUUGACGCAAACAUUUUCAGGAUAUUAUAUACUAUAUGUCAGAAUAGAUUAGACAAUGGAGAAUAACACCAGUGAUGAGGAGUCGUUCAAAGAUGGCUACGAUAUUCCCGUGUACGGACUUAACAACGGAACGUUUCUGGCCAUCCACAUUCCCGCCAUACUGUGUAUCGUGACGAGUUUCACGUGUGCAGUGACCUCUGUCGUGCUGUCAUUCAGGCACCGGAACUACAAGUCGUUUUUCAGGCAGUGGUCCAAGAGUGAGAGGUUCGUUGUUUACCUGGCGGUUUGUGACAGCCUCUUCAACGUGUCACAUUUCGCCGACCACCUUCACAUCGUGAUCGUCCGAAACCAUGUUUAUCCAAAGGAGUUGUGUGAGUUCUAUGGCUUCAACCUCGCCUUGUUCAUAACGGCCCAGAAUCUCAUGGUGAACGUGGUGGCCGUCAACGCUUUUAUGCUCAUGUACUUUGACCGGGACAUCAACUUCGGGCGCUAUGACUGGCGGCUGCUCACGUGGAUGUUCGGCGCUCCGUUUCUGGGAGCAACCAUUGCCGGUAUAUUCGGCCAGCUCGGAACCAACGGAUCAUUUUGCUACUUUGACGGGAUCAAGGGCCGGAUAACAAACACGUUUUUCACGACGGUACCUCUGUUGAUCGUUCUUGUCAUGAACAUCGUGCUCUACAUCCUCACAUGGAAUCAGAUCCGGAAGCAGUGUAACGAUAUCAAGGUGUCACUUGGCCCCAUGCCCGCCUCCAUGCGGGCGUCCCACCGCGCUGCCCGCGCCAUGUCACUAUUUGUGGCUGCGUUCUUCAUCCAGUGGUGGGCCAUGGCGCUAUACGGCAUAUGGGGACUCGGUACAGACGACGUGCCGCAGCCUAUCUUCCAUUUUGUUACCACGUUCUCUAACAUUGGCGGUUUCCUCAACCUGGCAGUAUUCCUCAUCAUCCGCCGGUGGAAGGACGUCAAUAGAGGAUAACCACUCCACGGAGCAGUUCAAGGGUUUCAGCACAUUUAUCAUCAUUCCCGGGACGUGUCAAUUGCGCCACGGUGGUCGAGAAUUACGCGAUAGAACGAACUGUUCAGGAAAACCUCUACGCCGUCUCGCAUGAUCAUCACUGACCCAGGUGCGAGGGUGCUUCGUCUGAAGAUACGUUAUGUAAGUUUCAUAACGUAGCAUCAGACGAACCACCCCUAAUGUGCUAUGUAUAGACAGAGUAGUUAAGAAAUACUGUUUCAACCACUGUGCGUCAAAUGAGUUAGUUGCAACAGCGUGUAUCUUCAAAUAUAUAUAUAUUUUGUUUACUUGUAA